GCCGGCACGCCGCCAUCUUUGGUCCAGUGCGGCGGCAGCGGCGGCUGUGGUGAAGGAGGAGGAGGAGCCCACGGCGCUGGCACCGAGGCCUGACCAUGGAUGAGGAAUACGAUGUGAUCGUGCUGGGCACCGGCCUCACCGAAUGCAUCCUGUCCGGCAUCAUGUCCGUGAACGGGAAGAAGGUACUGCACAUGGACCGGAACCCCUACUACGGGGGCGAGAGCUCCUCCAUCACACCCCUGGAGGAGGUGAGCCCCCGCGUUCAGUUGCUGGAGGGGCCCCCCGAGUCGAUGGGCCGUGGUCGAGACUGGAAUGUUGACCUGAUCCCCAAAUUCCUCAUGGCCAAUGGGCAGCUGGUGAAGAUGCUGCUGUAUACAGAGGUGACUCGCUACCUCGACUUCAAGGUAGUGGAGGGCAGCUUUGUCUACAAGGGGGGCAAGAUCUAUAAAGUGCCGUCCACGGAGACCGAAGCCUUGGCUUCCAAUCUGAUGGGUAUGUUUGAGAAGCGGCGCUUCCGCAAGUUCCUGGUGUUUGUGGCCAACUUUGAUGAGAACGAUGCCAAGACCUUCGAGGGCGUCGAUCCCCAGAGCACCAGUAUGCGCGAAGUCUACCGAAAGUUUGACCUGGGGCAGGACGUCAUCGACUUCACUGGCCACGCCCUGGCGCUCUACCGCACUGAUGACUACCUUGACCAGCCUUGUCUUGAGACCAUCAACCGCAUUAAGUUGUACAGCGAGUCCCUGGCCCGGUAUGGCAAGAGCCCAUAUUUGUACCCACUUUAUGGCCUUGGCGAGCUGCCUCAGGGCUUUGCAAGAUUGAGUGCCAUCUACGGAGGGACAUAUAUGCUGAACAAGCCUGUAGAUGACAUCAUCAUGGAAAAUGGCAAGGUGGUGGGUGUGAAGUCUGAGGGAGAGGUGGCCCGAUGCAAGCAGCUGAUCUGUGACCCCAGCUACAUUCCAGACCGUGUGCGGAAGGCUGGCCAGGUUAUCCGCAUCAUCUGUAUUCUCAGCCACCCCAUCAAGAACACCAACGAUGCCAACUCUUGCCAAAUUAUCAUCCCCCAGAACCAGGUCAACAGGAAGUCAGACAUCUACGUGUGCAUGAUCUCCUACGCACACAACGUGGCUGCUCAGGGCAAGUACAUCGCCAUCGCCAGCACCACAGUGGAGACCGCAGAGCCUGAAAAGGAAGUUGAACCAGCCCUGGAGCUGCUGGAGCCCAUUGACCAGAAGUUUGUGGCCAUCAGUGACUUGUAUGAGCCCAUCGAUGACGGUUCUGAGAGCCAGGUGUUCUGUUCCUGCUCCUACGAUGCCACCACACACUUCGAGACAACUUGCAAUGACAUCAAAGACAUCUACAAGCGCAUGGCAGGCUCCGCCUUUGACUUUGAGAACAUGAAGCGCAAACAGAACGAUGUCUUUGGGGAAGCUGACCAGUGAUUGCUGACCCUCCCUCAGCCCCGGGUGCCCUCUCCCCACACCCGUGUCUAUUCUCCAGGGCUGGGGAAAUGGGCGUGACUAAGCACCCCUAUUUCCAGCAUCCUCUGCUUCCCCCACCACAUUCCUGUCAUUCACCUCAUUGAUUCACUGACCAAAUCCUUAACCUUAGCGUUGGUUUGGGAGGGGGGGUUUGGAUAGCAUCCUCUUUCUCGGCCCUUCCUUAUCCUGGGAAAAGAGGGUUCCUCUCCUUGUGUGUCUCUUCCCUCCCCCUCCCCCCCCACUUAUAAUUCUUCUGCUCUGUCUGGGAAGAACAUGGAAGAAAAGCUGACUUCUGCCCCCACUGCCCUUACCCCUACUGUAGUGGCCUUUGGAGAUGCCCCCUGCCUCCCCCCACCAACUCUCUUGCGUGUUGGAGAGAAGGGGCCCUCCCAGCACAAAGUU